CUUAUUUGCCUUCUCAAUUUUCAUCAGUUCCUGACAGCUGAAAAUCUUGAUUCCCCGCAGAACACCUUGCAGACAUACAUUGUCCAUGUUGAGUUGCAAUCAGAUGAUACUGAGAGCUGGUACAAUUCAUUUUUGCCAACGGAUGUAGCGGCCAGGAACGAUAAGCCACAAAUAUUGUAUCGUUAUCGCAACGUGUUCUCUGGCUUUGCUGCAAAGUUAUCAGUGGAUGACGUGAAGACAAUGCAACAGAAGGCUGGUUUCAUCUCUGCACGUCCCGAACAAAUUUUUCCCUUGCAUACGACGCAUUCUCCCAACUUCUUGGGAUUGAACCAGAACUUGGGAUUCUGGAAUGCUUCAAAUUAUGGGAAGGGUGUUAUUAUUGGAGUACUAGACACCGGAAUUUUACCUGACCACCCAUCAUUCAAUGACGAAGGGCUGCUGCCCCCUCCUGCUAAAUGGAAGGGGGAGUGUCAGUUCAGUUCCAGGGCCUGUAACAACAAGCUGAUUGGAGCUAGAUACUUCAGAAGCGGUAGUGGAUCCCCAUUGGAUGAGGAUGGUCACGGCACGCAUACGGCUAGUACAGCUGCCGGAAAUUUUGCUGGACGUGCCAAUAUAUUUGGCAAUGCUAAUGGCACGGCUGCUGGGAUCGCACCUCAUGCUCAUUUGGCAAUUUACAAAGUAUGUACCCCCCAAGGUUGUACGGAGAGUGAUAUAAUUGCUGCCAUGGAUGCUGCCAUUGAGGAUGGCGUGGAUGUACUUUCUUUGUCCCUCGGUGGUCCAUCGCUCCCGUUCUACAUUGAUAAUAUUGCACUCGGCGCUUAUAGAGCGACGGAGAAGGGAAUAUUUGUCAGCUGCUCAGCUGGAAACAACGGUCCAGUUAAUCAGUCUCUAUCGAAUGAGGCCCCGUGGAUCCUGACAGUUGGGGCUAGUACCAUAGACAGGAAAAUAAGCGCGAUUGUGGUGCUUGGAAACAAUGAGGAAUUAGACGGUGAAUCAGCUUUUCAGCCUAAGGAUUUCUCUCCGACAAAAGUCUUCGAGCUGGCUCUUCCUGGAGGGAGUAGCAGCGAAUUUACCACAUCGUUCUGCAGCGAGGAUGAAUUCACUGCUGAUGUUAGAGGAAAGAUAGUGCUAUGUGAAAUAGGCGGAUCAGUUCGGAGGACUGCGAAAGGAGCAGCAGUAAAAAAUGCUGGUGGCGCCGCCAUGAUUCUAUUGAACCAAGAACCACAAGGGUACACCACACAGGCGGAAGCCCAUGUUCUCCCUGCAGCACAGAUCAGUUAUGCAGAUGCCCUCAAAAUCAAAGCCUAUCUAAAUUCAGCUUCCAGGCCCACUGCCAGAAUCUUGUAUAAAGGAACUGUAAUAGGCGAUGAUCGUGCUCCAGUUGUUGCUGGAUUUUCCUCCAGGGGACCUAGUUCUGUGACCCCUGGAAUUCUCAAGCCUGAUAUUAUUGGCCCUGGUGUUAACAUCCUUGCAGCUUGGCCUGUCUCUGUCGACAAUCAGACCAGGUCAAAGUCAACAUAUAACAUGAUCUCAGGAACCUCAAUGUCAUGCCCUCAUCUCAGUGGCGUCGCAGCAUUACUUAAAAGUGCGCAUCCUGAUUGGUCACCGGCUGCCAUUAAGUCCGCUAUUAUGACAACUGCAUAUCAAGCAAACCUUGGGGGAAACCCAAUUCAGGAUGAAAGGUUUCUUCCAGCGGAUAUCUUCGCCACUGGUUCAGGCCAUGUCAAUCCAUCACGAGCUAACGAUCCCGGCCUAAUUUAUGAUAUCCAACCUAAUGACUAUAUACCAUACUUGUGCGGCUUGAAUUACACGAACCAACAAGUUAGCCUCAUCGUUCAACAAAGGGUGGAUUGCUCGAGAGUGUCUAGCAUUCCUCAGUCCCAGCUAAACUAUCCCGCUUUUUCCAUUGUACUUGGAUCAACUCCUCAGACUUAUACAAGAACUGUGACCAACGUUGGUGAGCCUAAAUCGUUGUACAACGUGCAGAUCGUUUCUCCUGCCGGUGUUGUUGUGAAAGUUGAACCUGCUAAACUUAGUUUCUCCCGUCUGGGCCAGAAAUUGAGCUACAGAGUGACAUUCACCCGAUCGGCUGCACGGUUGAAGAGCGUUGUUGCUCAAGGAUCUAUAAAUUGGAACUCUGGCGCCAAGCAUUCUGUCAGGAGCCCAAUAGCAGUUAUAUUUGGACAAUAA